AAGGAUGGCCUGAUAGAUAAUGAGCGACUCGGAACAGAACGGUGCUGAUAGAUAAUCGUUGUCCUUGAGGGCGGCCCUGAACAGGAAGGUCCAUUUGAUUUCUCAUGAUUCGCGAUUGCACGGAUCGUACUACAUUAUUCCAACAUGAUGUGUCCAGCAAAGAAAAGUUCUGGCAUUUCACGUGGGUGCUUGACGAUUCGCUUAAGCUUCAACUAUGAGUCCACACAGUUGUAAGGAUUGUCUACACGCAAGACUCAUGGCGUCCAAUGGAUAUUCGAGCACAGCGGCUACGGCCCCGCAAAUCGAAAACCACUCACCACCCUGUGAGUCUGUGAAUUCCAUGCCCUGGUUUGGAAUGGAUAUUGGUGGGACUCUGUCAAAAUUAGUUUAUUUCGAACCAAAAGACAUAACCAGAGACGAAGCGGAUACAGAGGUCGAAACUUUGAAGAACAUACGCCGAUACUUAACCAAGAAUUCAGCUUAUGGAAAAACCGGUCAUCGAGAUACACACCUGCAGAUGAAUAACGUUUGCAUAAGAGGAAGACGUGGGACACUACACUUUAUAAGAUUUCCAACGAGCGAGAUGGGCAACUUUUUGGCACUAGCUAAAUCUAAGGGUAUGGCCAACCUCGUGACGACAGUCUGCGCCACGGGAGGUGGUGCUUUCAAAUUUGAGGAAAAUUUUAAAAGGGAAGUCAACAUGAAUUUAGCGAAAUUCGAUGAGUUGGUUAGUUUGAUAAGAGGGAUGUUGUAUAUUGAAACAACAAAUCCACACGAGUGUUAUUACUGGUCUUACCCUACGGAGGAAUCCAGGUGUCAGAAAGUACCUUAUGACUUUUCGGACCCAUAUCCAUUUUUGCUUGUAAAUAUAGGAUCUGGUGUUAGUAUACUGGCAGUUUAUGGUCCUGAUAACUAUAAGAGAAUAUCGGGGACGAGUUUAGGAGGUGGAACCUUUUUGGGAUUAUGUUGCCUAUUGACCGGUUGCAACAGCUUUGAAGAAGCUAUUGAAUUGGCAACUGGUGGUGACAACACACGAGUAGAUAAAUUGGUGAAAGAUAUUUAUGGAGGCGAUUACGGUCCGUUUGGUCUUCCCGGAGAUCUCGUAGCUAGCAGUUUUCUCCAUGUGUACAGUUUCGGGCAGAUGAACUCGAAGGAUCGACGUAACGCAGUGACCAAGGAAGACUUGGCGCGGGCGACUCUGGUCACCAUUACAAAUAACAUCGGUUCGAUAGCGCGUAUGUGUGCAGUUAAUGAAAAAAUCGAGAAGGUAGUGUUCGUUGGUAAUUUCCUGAGGGUCAAUCCCAUAUCCAUGAAAUUAUUGGCUUAUGCUAUGGAUUACUGGUCAAGGGGCACCCUCAAGGCUCUCUUCUUGGAACAUGAGGGAUAUUUUGGAGCAGUGGGAUGUUUGUUGCAGUACAAUGGCCAGACCAGCUAAGGGGAUGGUUAGUCAAUAUUGCGCAAUAAAGUACCAUUCCAGUGGAGGAAAUGAUUCCACAUCGUGAUGAUGAUGUUGCGAUCAUCAAGUUAGAUAAUGUUAUUUAAUUGCGAAGGGUAGCUUAAUUUUAUUGUUUACUUGGUUUUUGAGUGUAAUUAAUUUUUAAGGAUCGCGUGCGAUCAACGUGCGGGAUCGAUCCCUGUGAAGAUGCAAAUACAGUUGUGAUUGACAGUGACCAAUAUUCAUGAAGGAUCACAAGUGUUUUGCUCUUGUCGCACGUGCUCCUUGACAAAAGGGCACAAAUCUUGAAAAAUUCACACAAAAAAAAAGUCGAUGGACCAAAUACCCAGAUGGGUCCGACUCGCCCGAGUAUUCAUUGCGUAUAUCGGCUAGCCUAGUUUUACCUCGUUUUAAGUUUUAAAUUUAUUAUAUAUUUAUACAUAUACAUAUUUGCGUGUACACAAUGCAUGCGUCUUACGAUGUAAUGGCUAUAUUCGGAGCAUGGUAAUUUUAAAGCGAAGGGAUGGCAAAGGGGAGGGGUGAAGAAUUUAUACCACUUGUACAUACUUAAUCCAUAUUUGUUGGAAGUCGUCGUAAGCAUUAUGAUAGAACCAGGGGUUCGUCGCUCCUUUUAUAAAUAUUUAAUACUUACCUCAGUCUCCCUUUUUUCUAUUAAAAAAAACAAGGCCAUAUUUUUUAGUAUUUUCAUUGUAUCUGCAAGAGAAGAAAGUAAAAAUUCCAUCGUCUAUUAUCAAUGCGAUUAUCAUCGAUCGAAUCAACGAUAACCUUUUAACAGAUAUAAAUUAUAUCGGAUUAUCUGUAAGAUAGUUUGCAAAGUGUUAUCUAAUCGGUUGGGUGAUAAAUAUUGUUAUCUACUGUAAGAAUUAUACGCAAUAUUCCGUAACAUGACAUUAGGUUACUUGUAUAAAUUUACGAACACACCAUGUUCAAAGCGGUGCAGAUCCAGCAGCACGUAUGCAGUAUAACAAAUUUCAUAGUUUGACGUUUCUUCAGAUAAGUUAUAAAAAGGAGGCCCUACGAUCCGGCUAUAAAAUUGUGUUUUACGUUCCUCCAGUUCAUUCUGAUUGAUUGUAGGAAUAAUAAUUAUAAUGUUGCUACAUUCCGUGAUAAGCACAUUCGACGUUUCUAAUUUGGUAAUAGCACAUAUUUAUAGUGUUCUGCCAAAAGAAUCAUUGCAUCUGCUUAUCACGAACAGUAUCUAGUACAUUUUAUAUUCUAGGCAAAUAUCUGGUAAUCGGAUGGUUUUUUUUUUGAAUACACGUUGCAUAUCGCAA